UGCACGCCGCGUCUUUUUGACAGUUAACCAUACGUGAAAAAAGAAGGUUAUAUAGUAUUUUAGUAAAAUUUUCUUAAGUAAAUUGUUAAUUUUUUAUUUGUUAAAUUGUAAUAAUUAAAUUAAAAAAAAAUGUGGCCCCGUUUUGGAGUAAAAGUGGGUAAUAGCACCCUUUGCAUAGCACAUGUUAAACCGUCUGACACAAAACCAGAUGUUAUAGCCAACAAGCAGGGAGAUCGUGUAUCACAAGCAUGUUUAUUAUGGGAUGGCUUGGAUGAGAUCGAAUGCGGUCUGACUGCUAAACAAAAAAUGUCCUCCAAACCGAAGCAGGCUGUCGCAAAUAGCUUUCAGUUUCUUAAGCCUGCAGAAGACAUAACGGAGGAAUUAUCUACAAAGGCCAGCAAAACGAUACCAUGUGAAUAUGAUUCAGAAAAGCAUACGUUCAUGCUGAAAGCAAUGCAGCCCACCAAUGAAGAUGACGACAAGGAGGUUGUUAAGGAGAUUUCAGCAUUUGAAGUACAAGUCAAGCUUUUCGAAUCGGAACUUGAACUAGCCAGACAAUAUUACAGUGAUGCUGCCCAAAAGCCUGUUGUUGUCCUUUCUAUACCUAGUUACUAUCCUGCAAACUCUUGGACUUUGUUGACUCAAGCUGCGGAGAAAGCUGGCUUCCAUGUGGCUCAAAUAGUGGAUGAACCAACUGCCGCAGUUUUAGCCUAUGGUAUUGGCGAAGAAGUCUCCAACGAUGAUGCCAAAUAUGUAUUAACUGUUAAAUGUGGAGGCCUGUUCUCACAUUUUGCUUUGUACGAAGUUAAGCAUGGUCUAUACACAAAAGUUGAAUGCUUUGGUCCAUUUCCAAUUGGCGGACAUCAAUUCACGGAGGAGUUAGUGAAAUUUAUUUGUGAAGAAUUUCAAAGGAAAUACAAAUUGGAUCCUCAUGAAAGUCGUCGCUCAUUAGCCAAGAUUCGUAGUGCUGCUGCCAACUGUAAACAUAUUCUGUCAACUCUACCUUCUACCCAACUGUAUAUAGAUUCAUUAAUGGAUGGUGUAGAUUUCAAUAAUCAAAUGAGUCGUGCUCGCUUCGAAAGUCUCAUACAGCCAGUUAUAAAUUCAUUUAUGCAAAUACUGAAUGAAUGUGUGGAUAAGGCUUUGAAGGGGCAUCCGGAGAUGAAAAAACUCGAUAAUAUUGUUUUAUUGGGUGCCACUACCCAGAUACCCAAGUUACAAUCAGCGAUUUCCAGCAAAUACCCAGAUGUUGAAAUAAAUUGUUCAAUAUCUGCCGAUGAGGUCGUAGCAGUGGGUUGUGCUCGACAAACCCUUUACCUAGAGGAUAGCGAAAAACAAGUUUUGGAGCCAUCGGAAGAAUGUGAAUGUGUGGCCGAGGAAGUGACCAUAUGGCAUGGUUCCGCUGAAGACGAUGAAAAUGCUCAAAAACUAUUAAAUCCUGGUGAUGUUUUGCCCAAAACUGUAGUUUUAAACAUCAAACUAAAGGAUUCAUCUCUGGAUUCCGAAGUAUUCCAAUUGCGUUAUGGUUCAAAAGUCAAUGAGGUACAUAUCAAGAAGGCUGCCACCAGCAUACCUGAGGAGGGCUUUGUACGUCUUGAAGCUGAAAUACAAAAGGCGGAAAACAGUGUGCCACUAGUACGAUUAAGAUGUAUAUGAUUGAUCAAAGCAUGACUAUAGAAAGGACGCACGAUUGUUAAAGGGAAAUAACGCCUUCAGAAAUGCUUUUUUAGAUUUAAUUUUUUCUUUUAUUAAAACAACUAAUAAACUUUCGUAAAAUACAUAAAAUGCAAUAGAAAAACCUUGUUUUCUGUAAAAAAAAAAAAAAAACCAAA